AUGAAGCUCUCUCUCUCGCUGGCCACGGCUUUCCUCCAGGGUGCAGCUAGCUCCAACCUCAACUUCAACCUCCAAAAUGCCCUGCAGUCCGUCCUCGCGUCUCCGCACUCUUCCUCCUCCUCCGCCUCUCCACCAAAUAUUCUCCUCGUCAUCACCGACGAUCAAGACUUGCAGCUGGACUCAAUCGAUUACACUCCCCAUAUCACCCGCCAUAUUCGCGACCAGGGCACCUUUUACCGCAAUCACUUCGUCACCACCGCUCUUUGUUGCCCAUCGCGCGUGAGUCUAUGGACUGGUCGCCAGGCCCAUAACACCAAUGCGGAUAUCCCAAGUUUGUCGACCGGGGCUUCAACGACAACUUCCUCCCCGUCUGGCUGCAACAAGCCGGUUAUGACACCUACUACACCGGCAAACUCUUCAAUGCACACACAGUCGACAAUUACCAUAGCCCUCACGUCAAUGGUUUCAAUGGUUCCGACUUCCUCCUCGACCCCUACACCUACUCCUACCUCAACUCCACCUAUCAGCGCAACCAAGAUCCCCCCCGUAAGUUACGAGGGCUACCACACAACCGACGUGAUCACAAAAAAGGCACUCGGCUUCCUCGAUGAUGCUCUCGAGGGUGAAAGACCCUUCUUCCUCACCGUCGCCCCCGUCGCUCCUCAUUCCGACGUGAAUCCCGGGAGAGCACUGGCUGGAGAAAUCCCCAUCAUGACCGCCCCGAUCCCACUCGAGCGACACGAGCAUCUCUUCAAGAAUGUCAAAGUCCCCCGGAACAAGAACUUCAAUCCCGACGAGCCCAGUGGUGUGAGUUGGGUCAGGGAUCUGCCUAAGCAGAAUCAGACGGUCGUGGAUUACAACGACCACUUCUACCGCUCGCGUCUCCGCGCCCUGCAAGGCGUGGACGAGUUGGUGGAUGCGCUCGUAUCGCGCGUCGAACAGAGUGAGAAACUGGAUAAUACUUAUAUCAUCUACACCUCCGACAAUGGGUUCCAUAUUGGUCAGCACCGGUUGCCGCCCGGAAAGACCUGUGGGUUUGAAGAGGAUAUCCGCGUGCCGCUUUUCAUUCGGGGUCCUGGGAUUGCGGAAGGCGGGGUCGAGGAUUCGGUGACGACGCAUAUUGAUCUGGCCCCGACGAUCUUUGAGUUGGCGGGGAUCCCGGCUCGUGAGGAUUUCGAUGGAACAGCCAUCCCGGUCACGGAAGGGUUCUCGGGUACGCGACAUGAACAUGUUACGGUGGAGUAUUGGGGAAGAGCAGUGGUGGAAGGGGAUUACAGUGCUAUUGGCCCCGAUGGUCUACCGCAGUUCCCUAACAACACUUACAAAUCGGUACGCCUGCUCGGCGAAGGGUACAAUUUCUACUACUCGGUCUGGUGCAACAACGAGCAUGAACUUUACGAUCUAUCGACCGAUCCAUAUCAACUACACAACCUCUACCCGAAGACCACCUCGAAAGCAACAGAAGAGCCCCAAAUACUGGGCCGUAGUCUUUCGCAGGUCAUUAGUCGAUUGGAUGCACUUCUUCUGGUGCUUAAAUCGUGCCAGGGAGUUACAUGUAUCAAGCCAUGGAAUGUCCUGCAGCCAGAUGGCUCUGUCAGUAACCUCCGCGAGGCCCUGGACGAAGGAUUUGAUGCUUUCUACGGGGGGGCAGCCCGGUGUAUCUUUUGA